UAGUUUUAUUUCAGUGUUUUUGACUUGACGUUGAGGAAGGCUAUAAUUCCAAUUAGGUCCACAAAACAGUAUUCUGAGACACAGUUGAGACAGUAUUCUGAGACACAUUUGAGACAGCAGCUUCAAGUAACCAUGGUGAAGACAACUGAGGACAAUGGCACAUAAGUUUGUUCUAUCAGCUAUCAAAAAGAAAGAUGUCAAGAAAGCUCUACAGCUGGUUCAGAUGCCGGGCUAUGAUGUCAAUAUCGGGGUGGAGAAUGUUACUCCACUCAUGCUAGCUUCAAAGUUAGGUCUGAUCACUGUGGCAGAAAGUUUGGUCAUUCUUGGUGCUGAUGUCAAUCUUGAAGACAGCGAUGGCCAAUCAGCUCUGUUUUAUGCUUGUAGCCAUGGAAACAGUCAGCUAGUUGAGGUGCUGCUGGAAGCUGGCUGUGAUGUGAAUAAGAUCAAAGUAAAUGGUGACCAGCCUCUCCAUGAGGCUAUUGCGAGCGGUGACCUCGACACUGUGAAAUGCCUGAUCGCAGCUGGAGCCAGUAAGAACCGACCCAAUUCGAUUACCGGCUACACUCCACUGAUCCUGGCCAUCCUUCACGCAAACCCAAGCAUUGUAGACUGUUUGCUCUCAGCAGGAGUUUUGCCAUCCAAGUCAAUGUCUGGUGGAGAAACUCCUCUUCACUUUGCCGUGCAGGUGUCACCACUGGAGAUCAUCUCUAUGCUGAUAAAGGCCGGAUCGGACCUCAAUAUCCUGAACCAGAUCGGAGAAUCGCCUCUCGUCAUGUCCAUCUGCGAGGGCCGUAUCGAUGUCGCCCGCCUCCUCAUUCUCUGCGGCAGCAGCCUGUACCACUACAACUACUUCUCGCCGCUGUCCGUGGCGUGUAUGCAGAACAACCCACAGAUGAUCCUCUACCUGCUCUCGGAGGGAUACAAUGUCAGUAGGGACGAGUCUGUGAAACAGAAUAUAUUCUACAGGCUGGAGAACGAACACCAGGCCGUCCAUGACUUUAUUUAUCUACACAGAUGUGUGCAGCCUCUUAGUUUGAAAGAAUCCUCCAGACUUAUUGUCCGUCAGUGUCUUGGACCAGAUAUGUCGAGUCACUUGCAGAAACUGCCAAUACCAGACGUAUUGAGGACGUUAGUUGGGACAGAUGUGAUAUACAAUGUGUGAGAGUGAGAGUGAGAGUGAGAGUGAGAGUGAGAGAGAGAGAGAGAGAGAGAGAGAGAGAGAGAGAGAGAGAGAGAGAGAGAGAGAGA